GAGACAGAUAUUCUAUCACAAUUCUACCUCAUCUUCAUUACGUCACUUCGGAUAACAUGAGAAGCGCAGCGCAUGCGUAACUGAUCAGUGUGUAGUAUUUGCGAAACUGAAACAGGCGUGCUUCAGUCGAUUCGGGAAUCAAGAACCAACUCCGCAACCAGGUCGUAGAACAAAUUUCUUUCACUCGUUUUUAUACUUAUCUAAGUAAUCGUUGGCCUAUUAAUUAAUUUCUCAGGUGCAAUCUAGCAUGAUGUCUGGCAACGAGCCUUCUACUCCAGGGCCUAGCGGUAAUGAGGCCUGCUCAGGUGACGCUGCAACUCUGCAAUCUUUACAGCAGAAUAUUGCAAGCAUGGCCUCGGUCAUGCAACAGUUUAUUGAAUCAUUUAGCCAACAAGGCCACAGAAAUAGCCAAAAUAUUGAUAGCCAACAAGGCACAAGCAUGGAAUUACGCCAUGACGAGGAUACUGCUUGCUCUAUAGGUCCUGAUAAUUAUUCUGAUCUUGACCUUGGGUCCUCUUCUGAUGAAGACGACAAGCCUCAGAAAAGAAGGAGGCUCACCUCACCAAUUAAUUAUGGGCCAGCAUCUGAUAUUGAUGCUCUUCUAGCCCCAGCAUCCAGCACAAAACCCAAAGAUACAUCUGGGGAUAUUCUUCAGGAGAUCAAUGAAGAAGUGUAUGGUGAGGAAUGUUUGGCAGCCUCAGUGUCUAAUCAGCUUGCUGGCAUAGUUAAUAAACGCUGGCAAACAAAAAUGCCAUCAGAAAAGCUGAAGUCACUACUGGCUAAAUAUAAUAGACCAGAAAACUGUGAAAAAUUGACAGUUCCUCGUGUUAACGCACAAAUUUGGAACAACCUAGCUAAACAACACAAGAUGGCUGAUGUGAGAAUGUCACAUGUUCAAGAGUCGAUGGUUAAAGCUUGCAUUGCUGUUGUAAGAUCAUUAGAUCAUCUAAUAGCUGCUCAAAAUGACAGUGGUAAGGUUGAGCAUAGAUUUCUGGUGGAGCAGCUAAUUGAAGCCACAGCUCUACUUGGCUAUUCUAACUACGAAAUGAGCCUUAUCAGGCGACAUAAGCUUAAACCUGCCAUCAAGAAAGAGUAUGCUGACCUUUGCUCCUCAUCAGCCCCUGUAACAAGCUUGCUAUUUGGGGAUGACUUGAAUAAGCAGCUUGAAGCCUGA